AAAAUUAAGAUUGUUACCCUAUCAAUAUAUUAUAAUACCCUACCAACAAGAUUGGCAUCUCUAAUAGCAUGUUUGCUGAUGAAUAAAAUAACAUCUAAUUUCCAAUAACAUAGGACAAAUUUGUUCUCGGUGGCUGCUUACAUUUUCACCAACAACCAAUUUCACCAACCAACAACUUUUUAUGCAAAAUAAACAUAUUAUAAACACCAAAACCAAUGUAAUAACAUUAUAUUUUUUCAAUCAUUUCAAUGGAAAAACGUCACAUAGUAGUAGUUCCUAGUGCAGGAUUCACACAUCUAGUCCCAAUCCUAGAAUUCUCCAAACGUCUUGUUCAUCUCCACCCACAAUUUGAAAUCACAUGCAUCAUCCCUUCAAUUGGUUCACCACCGUCUUCCUCUAAAUCUUACCUUCAAACCCUUCCACCAUCCAUUUCUUCUAUUUUCCUUCCCCCCAUAAUCCUUGACCAAGUUCUAGAUCCCAAAGUCCUUGCAGUCCAAAUUGAACUCUCAGUUACACAAUCUUUGCCAUUCAUAAAACAAGAAUUAAAUUCGUUGUGUUCUAGAUCCAAGGUUGUAGCUUUGGUUGUUGAUGUUUUUGCACAUGAUGUUUUGGAUUUAGCUAAGGAAUUCAACCUUUUGUCUUAUAUAUACCUUCCACAAGCUGCUAUGCUUCUUUCUACUUACUUUUAUUCAUCAAAAUUGGAUGAAAUCAUUUCUAAGGAAUCUAGAGACCCAAAUGAACCUAUAAAGAUUCCUGGUUGUGUACCUCUUUGCAUCAAUGAUCUACCAAUUCCUUUUCGAUUUCGAUCCAAUAUUGGUUACAAAAAAUUUCUUGACCGUGCAAAAAGGAUUCAACUUCCUGAUGGGGUUUUUGUGAAUAGCUUUGUUGAACUUGAAGAAGAGGCUGUAAAAGCUUUGAAGGAAGAGAGUAAAGAGAAGAAGCCUAUGGUUUUUUGUGUUGGACCCAUUAUUCAAAAAGGGUCAAUUUUUGGUGAGGAAAAUGGGUUGGGUUUGGAGUGUUUAAAAUGGUUGGAAAAACAAGAACCUAAAUCUGUUUUGUAUGUGUCAUUUGGAAGUGGUGGCACACUUUCACAAGAGCAAUUUAAUGAAUUAGCAUAUGGGUUGGAAUUGAGUGGUCAAAAGUUUCUUUGGGUUGUGAGGGAACCAAGUGGGGUUGCUAAUGCUUCUUACUUUGGGGGUGAAAUUAAGGACCCUUUGAAAUUUUUACCAAAUGGGUUUUUGGAGAGAACAAAGGAACAAGGAUUUGUUGUUCCUAGUUGGGGUCCACAAAUUCAGAUACUUGGACAUAGUUCAACUGGUGGAUUUUUAUCUCAUUGUGGUUGGAAUUCAGUUCUUGAAAGUGUUGUGUAUGGUGUGCCUAUAAUUGCAUGGCCAUUGUUUGCUGAACAGGGAAUGAAUGCUGUUAUGCUAUGUGAUGGUUUGAAAGUGGCAUUGAGAGCAAAAGUUAAUGAGAAUGGGUUGAUUGAAAGAGAUGAAAUUGCUAAGGUUGUGAGAGAAUUGUUGGAAGGUGAAGAAGGAGUUGAAAUUUGUAAGAGAAUGGAACAUUUGAAAAGUGUUGCUGCUGAUGCAAUAGAUGAAAUGGGAUCAUCUACAAAGACCUUGUCAGAAGUGGCUGAUAUUUGGAAAGACAUUUAGCAAUUAGUAUAGCAUGAAGACAUAUUAUUUUCAAUUUAUGAGAUUUUGUUCUUGUGUGAUUACAAAUUUACAAUCCUUUUUAUAUUAUAUAUUACUAGAUCCAUCCUUAUAUGAAAAGACUAUCUUAUAAAAAA